AAAUAUCAUCUCCCCUCAUCUUUUAUAAACUUAUUUGGAGUAGCGUAAGCGGCAGCAGCUACCGCACAAAACAAAGAUGUCGGACGCUCUACAACUUCCGGUCGUUGACUUGUCCUCACCAGACCGAUUCUCCACCGCCAAUUCUAUCCGUCAGGCAUGCAUUGACCAUGGUUUCUUUUACCUUGUAAAUCAUGGGUGUGAUGAAGAAUUGGUUAACAAAGUUUUUGAGCAGAGUAGCAAGUUCUUUUCAUUCCCAGUUGAAGAGAAGAUUAAGUUUGCUAAAAAGAAUCACAGAGGUUAUACAGCACUUUAUGCUGAAAAGCUUGAUUCUUCUCUAAAUACCAAAGGUGACUCUAAAGAAAGUUUCUAUGUUGGUCCACCAGCUGAUGGCUUCAAUCAGUGGCCUUCAGAAGAAGAUCUUCCAUUUUGGAGAAGUACAAUAGAGACUUAUUAUAAAAAAAUGCUGUCUGUUGGGGCUAAAUUACUCUCCUUAAUUGCUCUGUCCCUGGAAUUAGAUGAAGAUUUCUUUAGAAAAGUGGGAGCUCUUAAUGAACCAUUUGCAUCUCUUCGUUUAUUACAUUACCCAGGGGACUUGGAGUCUUCUAGUGAAGGCAUAUAUGGUGCUUCGGCUCAUUCAGAUUAUGGAAUGAUCACUCUUCUGGUGACCGACAGUGUUCCGGGACUUCAGAUUUGCAGGGACAAAUCAAAGCAACCGCAGGUUUGGGAGGAUGUUCCAAGCAUGAAGGGGGCGUUCAUCGUUAACAUCGGGGACACAAUGGAGAGGUGGACCAAUUGUUUGUUUAGGUCAACCCUGCACAGAGUUCUGCAACCUAGACAAGAACGCUACUCUGUGGCAUUCUUCACGAAUCCCAGUAAGGAUUGUAUUGUGGAAUGUAUGGAAAGUUGUUGCAGCGAGUCUUGCCCGCCAAGAUAUCGAUUCAGCUGGUACUUUUGAUGUUUAUGAUUCAAUUAUAGUUAAAGAAAACUAUCAAAUAGAACACUGAUGUGUUCUGCUCAAAUAGUAUUGAUGAGCACAUUAUAAUUGAAAUCUAAGAAGUGGCCGUUGUUUGUUAAAAUACAAAUGAAAGACAAAUAGGAUCUACCUUCCUUGCCCGUUUAUUUUUCAUACUAUGAUGCUUAGACUCGGAUGAGUGUCAGAUACAUGCAUGCUUAACUUUUUCUAUAUUUUUUUGAUGUACUUGGAUGGUUAUAUACCCCUACCAACUAUGCGUCGAAAAUGGAUACGUGAAGAAAAGUAAGAAAUGGAAGCAUCAUGCAUUUCAUACAUGUUUAUCAUAAAAAAGAUAGGUAGUACGUUUUCAUUCUUACAUGCAGAUUCCCACCUAUAAAAUCCUUAGAAUACUUGGAAGAGCGCCUCAGACUUGCAUAUGGGUUGUAGCUAAAGAAAUUGCAAACAUUGAACUUGAUGCGUUCACAGUGUGCAGGUUUCUUACUGUACUGUACUGUACUGUACUGUAAUAAACAAACACAAAUCAUUGAACCAAAAUCAUCAACCUUGUACCAAAACUUCUAUCUUGGUGCCUUGGCAAGAAAGCCGAGUGUAACGACAUGCGUAUCUCUCUGUACUUCAAACACAAAUUAUUGGUAUGUGAAUCUAGAUGUUUUGCUGCUACUCAGAUCUGUUUUACUUUCUCUCAUAAGCAGUCUAAUUUCAAGAACUUCAAAAA